CACCCCACAGCCAUGGCCUGCAACACCCUCUGCCGACCCUGCGGACCCACCCCACUGGCCAACAGCUGCAACGAGCCCUGUGCCCUGCAAUGCCAGGAUUCCCGCGUCGUUAUCCAGCCUUCUCCCGUGCUGGUCACCCUGCCAGGACCCAUCAUGACCUCCUUCCCCCAGAACACCGCCGUCGGAUCCACCUCCUCGGCUGCCGUGGGCACUGAGCUCAGUGUGCAGGGACAGCCCAUCUCUGGUGGAUUUGGUGGAUUUGGUGGCUACGGCCUCGGCUACGGCCGUGGAUUUGGCUAUGGCUGUGGCUAUGGGCUGGGAGGCCUGGGCUGCUAUGGCAGAAGGGGCUAUGGCUACAACUGCUAA